AUGCACGACCCCGCCUUCACCUUCUUUUCUGGCUUAGCGCUGGUGCUCGUUCUCCUUCCAUUUCCUUUGCAAUUCCGAGUCGGCAACACUGGAACUCUCCUCAACCUCACGUGGCUUUUCCUUUGCAACUGCGUCUUCUUCAUCAACUCCAUCCUCUGGUGGGACAGUGCAGACGUCUUCGCUCGCCCGUGGUGUGACAUCACUAUAGCAGCCUCAAAAUCCGUCACAAUGGGCCACCGGGAAAGACGUUUCUCAAUGUAUAUCGACCUGGUCAUUGGCGUGGGCAUUCCAGUUCUCAUCAUGAUCCUGUCAUACGUGUUCCAGCCCCACCGAUUCAACAUCGUCGAAGGUCUAGGCUGUGAACCUGUCAUAUGGGACUGCAUCGGGGCAAUUUUGACCAUCGUGCUGGCCCCAGUCGCACUUAGCAUGAUCUCUGCUGUCUACGGUUCGUCAGAAAGCACGCUGAACAUCAACCACUAUGUCCGCCUCAUCGCUCUGUCUUCUUGCGACAUCGUCAUUGGUCUACCGGUGGCUGUAUAUCUUAUGGUGUUUGCUUCCCAGCGCCUUGUUGCUUGGGAAUCAUGGGACCGCGUCCACGCUGGGUGGUCACGCGUCGUUGUUUACACCGAUAACGACAUUCUCCCCAGCACUAUUUUGUCCGUGUACCACUUCCUUCAACGGUGGAUACCCGCGUGUUUGUCCAUCGCGGCGUUCUUGUUUUUUGGGGUUGGCGACGAGGCCACCAGAGAGUAUGGCCGCUGGUGGACUCAUGUCACUCGCAAGUUGGGGUUCAGGACGACACGCAAAAACUACGCCGAGCCCACUCAAGGUGGCCAUCUUAUGCUCGGCUCUACUGUUGUUCACCCCGCUGGUUCGUGGCGUGCCACACAUGAUAUCGAGGACGCGGACCUCGGUCUCCAUCCCGAGGCCAAGACUGCGGACUGUCGCUCUGGGGGCUUGGCCGUCACAGUGACAGUCCAUCGUGAGAUAGUGUAA